AUGUCUGGAAAGGGCACUUGCCCUAUGGAUGCCUUAAAAUUAGGGGUAUGCGCUAAUCUUCUAGGUGGAUUGCUUGGUGUUACCAUUGGGACACCACUAAAAACUCCAUGCUGCUCCCUUAUCCAAGGCCUCGUCGACCUGGAGGCAGCGGUCUGCCUUUGCACUGCCAUUAAAGCCAAUGUUUUGGGCAUUAACCUCAAUGUUCCUCUUUCCCUUAGCUUGCUUCUUAAUGUCUGCUCCAAGAAGGUUCCACCAGGCUUCAAAUGUGCCUAGACAACCUAGCUUUUUACUCUUUCGUCCACAGU